GAAGAAGAGAUGACAAGCAGAUAGAUGAGAUAUGAGAGAAAGGAAAGAAUUAUGCUGCCAAAACUGGAAAGAAGUCAAGUAAUUCUGAAGAGAAAUCAGUCUUCACAGCACAUCAAUAGUAGAAUUUUGCUUCACUGAGAAGGAUUGACAAUAUUCAGCGAAGUGGCCAAACUGAAUAGCAAGUGACCUGACAACCUCUUAUCGUCAAUUUUUUCGUGUGGAGCUUUGUGCCACUCCGAGUCUCUCUAAGCCUUUCAAAAUACCUUUUUUGUUCUUGCCAUGUACAUUCAGCCUGGGUUUUGAAACUCUCCACAUGGAUGUACUGUUGCGAAGUGAACAAGGAAGGGCCGAAAUGCCUUGGUGGUCUACUUUGCCUCGUUGACAAAAGUCCAACAUAACCAGCUUGAAACAAAGAACACACUUUUGGUCUCAUACAUGCAUGUAGCACUGGGAAUGUCAACCAUUUGAUUUCGGUAUAUGGUUGGGCGUAGGCUGGGAAGGAUGCAUCAUUAUCGACGUGCUAUCUCCUUCAUAGUCUAUCAAACCAAAUGGAGGCACUCCUUGAUUGGUCUGUUUAAUAUGCUUGUGGCAGCCCAUGAGGCCGAUAGGAUACUUGGUUGGCUGUCUCAUAAUCCCCUUCGGAACCAAGAGAAAAGGUAUCUAUUUCAAGCAAAUUGCGAUUUCAUCCGAUCUCGGUGAUGGUUGAUUUACGAAUUGUCCAAGAAAUUUUCGAGGGCACUCAGUCCGUCUACACCGCCUGUGCAAAUAGAAGCUUCAGUUUUGGAUCACAUCGUACUGUUUGUGGAAUAUCUCAGUAUCAUACCAAGGGACUUCGGCUCAAGCAUAGGCUGGCCAUUUGAAUGUCACUGAUCAUUACUGUCCUGCCAUAGUCAGUAAUCUCUAGCGUUCAAGAAUGCUACGUUAUCUCUGGUGCUCUUGACAUCAUGCUUGAGCAUCCAAGUACCGCAGUCAUCACAAUGGGUAGUCACAGUAAAGUACCGAAUGAUGUCGAAAGCAUCUCAGACUAACUCCCAUGAAGGGUUCCAGACCCAUAGGGCAGAGUGAACUUUUAGCUCCAUCUUCCGAGUUGUAGAGCGACAAUGGAAAAAUCCAUUCCUCCCCAACUGUGCAUCUCUGCGUGUGGCCUUCUCUGAGUGUUGCUAAUCACUUUGUCCCGCGGUAGUUUGGAAAUCCAGGGUUUUUAGCUACCUGACUCGGAUCAGCCUUGCGUACUCCACAGUCCUUUGCAGUGCAGCAGCACCGUAUAUGUCUGAAUAAUAUUGGACAUACGGUACCAGCAGCAAAAGGUGCUGCUGACGAUCAGAGCAAUGGUCGGGUCGCUAUUCUUGUUAGAAAAAGAGCAGCCUUCAAUAGAGACUGUGCUCCAGUCCGUAGUCAACUCGUAUAGGGAUACUCUCCUGUGCGCUGCUCCCACUCGAUAGCUUUUUUUCAGUGGCCUGUGCCAUCCAUGGAUGACCAGACUCUUUUGGUUAUAUAGCCCCCUUUGCUUUCUGCUGGACGAAUAUUGAAUAAAGCCUGACUUACUUCUUUGGCCACUAAUGAAAUUAGGCGAGGCAUACCAAUGCAAGAACUGAAAGUUCUGUCCCGGUCAAAAUGUAACCCUAUCUCUCCCAGAGGCUGCCCGCGACGCCUCCUGCCAAGAUUCAGAUGAACCUCGGCGGGUAAAGAAACGGCGCCUUCAUCUUCAUCCAAAGCUUUGCCGAAAGGGAUAUACCAAGCACAGCACCGAUCUCCGCUGCCGACAAAAGCCGACAAUGGGGUAUAUGGAUGUUAGCCGGGUUGUUUGAUUUGUGGAGGCUAUGCACCAGCACUAACCGAAGCACGUUUCGAAUUCACAUCACCCAUAAUUCCAGGAAAUAUCAUUGUGGCUCAAAAGAGAACAGAAUCCAUGCAAGGCGCUUUUGCCAAUGUUGAGUGCUUUGGGAAUCGUUCCUUUCAGUCGCCAUUGGAUGAUCGCAGACGUAUACCAUUUGGUAGGUAUUCCGACUCAAUGUAUGCCAGUUGAAAGGCUAUGAGUGGGCGUUGGUAUGUUUCAUCUGCCACUCUAUGCGGACGGUUGGAUUUGGGCUAUCAGAGCAGUAGUUCAAUUUCCUUUCCAGGUUGUUUCUGACUUGCAGGGUGCCUAGAGCAGCUAAUAUCCGCCAUCUUCCAGCAAAAAAUCCACGUGAUUAUGAUCGCAUGUCUUGUUGGUUGAAAUGGGAAGUGUGACCAGUGCAGAAAACAGCUUCUGAGAAGCUCUUUUCCAACGGCAGCGUGAAGCUCAUAAGUGUCGAAAGAGCCCAGCUACAACAGCAGUUGUAAUGAGAAAUGUUUCAACCUCCAUACGGUAAGCCUUUUCCGUUGUGUUGCUACCCCUGUUACAUGGUUGUCGAUAACGUCAUUCGCGCUUUGCAUGACAAGAAUGAGCAGCCAUACGCUGGGGUCAAUAGAAAGACCAUAAUCACGGAUGCAAUGCUGGGGCCAGUAGCAAGCUGUGUGGGUGGUGACGUGUAGAACAGAGAAAGGAACGCAUGUGCAUUGGGGUGUUUCAUAAUAUAAGACGUUGCAUAUCAUGGCAACCACAGCCACGAAAGGGCAGCAUAAGAUAGUCAGAUUGCUCGCGCCACCCAAUGAGAUCACAAAUUUAACCUCGUUAUCCAGCGCACCGACCCUAAGUGUCAGGGUUGUUCAGAAUGGGGCCAAUAGGGCAAGCCCAAGGCAGUUAGCCCCCAGAAUACACAGGGCUGACCAGCUCAGCCAUCACACCGGGCACCACCCGGUGCCCCUAAGUUAACCGCCGAAUGUUUUGGCAGAAGCAACUAUAUGAAACGAACACUGGAUGCCUUUAAAAGCCAAAGGAUUCUGGUGUGGGGGAAAAGUAUCACCCAUCUGGACAAAUCGUCCGAGCUCCUAAUCACUGUCAAAAUCAUCAUCAACAUGGCUGUCCUGACUACGCCGCCACCGGUAACAUCAGUAGGUUUGUACUCCCUUUUCCAGCUCCUGUCAUCAAUAAAUCGAAGUUGACCAGGCUGGGCAGAUUGGACCAAUUUGGACUUAGUUGUAGUGGAAGGUGAUAAACAACCUCAUCCUUGCCACAGGCCAAUUUCAUGCUUACAUCAUUUACAAGUCAAUGGUCAUAUCGAGUCCCGCUACAAUGCUGAGACCGACGAGUGGUCAAUUCCGGAAUUUGUCCAUGGUCACGAUUCACGGGUUAAUGGGCUCGAGCCGUUGUUGAGCUAUGGUCAGCAAGCCUAUGAAGGCAUCAAAGGUAGAGACCGGCCGGCGACUGGUAUAAGGAAGCCUAUUGUUAAUCAAUAUUGUGUCGACAGCCUGUCGGGAUCCUCAAGGCGCAAUCCGAGUAUUUCGCCCGGACUUUCAUGCCGAUCGGUUUCAGCACACAUGUUGCGUCAUGUCAGUUCCGUCCAUGUCGCAAGGUCAUUUCACUCGUUGUGUCGAACUAGCUGUCUCUCGUAAUGCCGAAUACGUUCCCCCGCAUGACAGCGACGCGAUGCUGUAUAUCAGACCCACCGUUUUCGGAUCUGGAAGUCAUAACAGCAGCAGCAGGUCAUCUCACUUCCUGUUAAGUGUGGCGGUUUGCCCCGGAAGAGAUUGUCAUCUCACUCGGCCAUUAGAUGCCUUGGUCAUGGACGACCUCAAAGGAGCCACAGCUGACAGCGCCACCCCGGUCAAUGGUGACGAGCAAGUACGAACGAAGAAAUAUGGCCUCGCGCUUCAUGUAGAUGCUCGGACGCACACAGAGAUUAUAGGAUUCUCACGCGCAUCAUUUAUUGGCUUCAUGGGCGGAGGCGAGGACGGGGGCAUUCGUGUCAUUCUCCCGGAACAAUGCAAUACUCUGGACAGUGCUACUAGCGAUAGCUGUAUCGCCCUAGCACGGUCGCUAGGUUGGGUUGUAGAGAAGCGCGGAGUAAGUCUUCUCUCUCGUCAGGACAGAGGCUCAUGGGCUGACACGGGGCCGUACAUAGAUCCACGUCGCGUCCUUGUCGGAAUUCAGCGAAGUCGUUGCAGUCGGAGCCACUGCCGACCUGACUCCCGUCAAGUCGAUCACUCAUCUUCACGAUAACAGUCGAGUUCAGGUCACGUAUGACGCGACUGCCGAAGGUAAGCCAGGGCCGGUCGCGACGGAGUUGUGUCAACGUCUCAAGGACAUCAAGAAGGGAAGAGCGCCGGAUGACUUUGGAUGGUGUUACAAGGUGCAGCUAUUGUAGGCUGUGCUGUCUGACCGAUGACUUUCUUCUAUUGUAUUAAUAGAUCCU